GAGUUUCUUUAAAAUAGUCUCAGCUUGGCCUUCUUGCAGAUGGUUAGCCUCAAAGCUAGCCUGUUGUCUGGAAUGGAGUCCAUACUGGCUGACAGUCUCUAUCAUUUACCACUGAUAAAUGUUGGUACAGUCAUAGUCAAAGGCUGUCUUCUUCAAAAAUCCAUCAGUAUAUCUUACUUUUGAAACAUUUAGCUGCAAGCAUGAAUUAUUGCACCAAUGGAUCAACUGGUCUAAAACUGGAUUCUGGCCUUGGUCUCUGGCUGGGAUCUUUCUGUUUGGAGUUUGUCUGUUCUCCUCAUGCUUACUGUAUGUGAGUUUUCUCUGCUACUCUGGUUUAACCCCAGAGCCAGACAUGAAUGAGUGUUCAGAUAAAUGUCCAUUUCAAUUCACUGUGUGUAAGUCUGCGGCUGCCUCGUUGUGCCCUGCCUUGUGUGUGUGUGAUGGAGUAGCAACCUGUGUAUCCCUGGUUCAUCUCGUCUCUCACCCUCUUAUUGUGGGAGGUACUAUCAUGGUCUCUGAAAGGAGUUGGAUGGAUUAAGUUGGCAUGAUCUUAUUAAAACCUUCUGUCUUUUUUCUGUAGGUAUAUGUAUGGAAACACUGCGGGACACGGGUAUAGCUGAAUACUUCAGUCCUGAUGAUUUAAAAAAUGGCACGAUCGUUUGUAGAAGCAGAUGUGACCAAGAACGUACUGACGCUUUAAAGUGCCAUAAUAAGGGGACCUGCAACAUCUUCAAAGGGUUGGGAGAGAUCUGCAUAUGUGACAAAGUGAACGACAACUGGUACUUGGGAGAGAAUUGUAACCUCCCCAUACAGAAAGUUCCGUUUUAUGCAGGGCUAAGUGUGACCCUUGCUGCCCUGCUGGUUGCUGUGGUAACCCUGGUUGCAUAUGCUGUUGUCAACAAACGCAAACACACACAAAAGAAAGAUGUGAAGCAGAAAUUGGUGAACCAGUGGCUGGAUGAUGACUAUGAGUGGUCCAGAGCUGCAAGCCCAAUAGGCAAACCUGGAGCAAGUAAGAUUCUAAUCCAUACGCAUGACAGUUAUGGGUCCAA